AUGUUGGAAUUGGUGGAACGAAAGGCCAGCGGGAUUUCUUGGCCGUGCCGCGGCCAGAACCUGGAAUCGUACAGAGAUCCCAAGGGGAUCUUCUUUCUCCGGCGAGACAGGGGUUGCUCGCGGGAGAAACGAUGGAGAAGGGAAAACGGUGGCCUGCUCUGUCCGCUCGGACGACUAAGAUGCAACGAGUCCUACUCGCCCGACACUCUCGGCACGUGGAAGUUCCUCAGGGUCUCUCGUAGCAGCCAUGAGGGGAUGAGCACUGGCGUGGGAGAUGGAGGCGGAGGAGGCGGUGGCGGUGUACAGGGAAAUAUCAGCGGGAGGAACACGCCACCCCAUGGAUCGCCCACCCCCAUGGACAAGGCGACCCUCAAGGUUCAUCUGCCUAACGGUGGUUUCAACGUCGUCAAAUUCGGCGAUGCGAUCGACGUGAAAGGAAUCAUCUCCUUGGUGACCAGUCGACUGGCACCGGGUACCAGGCACUAUCGACACCUUUACGCCAUGAGACUCCAUCACCCUGGCUCCGGGGAGAAUUACUGGUUGCACCAAGACACCACCAUGUACCAGGUCCAAGAGAAGUACGAGAAGAAACACCCUCACAGCGAGUGGAGGUACGAGCUGAGGAUUCGCUACUUGCCGCACAAUUUGAACGACUUAUACGAGAAGGACAAAGUGACGUUCUUCUACUAUUACGACCAGGUGCGAAACGAUUACCUCUGCGCGAAUCAUUCGUCUCUGGACCAGGACGUGGCGGUGCAGCUGUGUUGCCUGGAGAUUCGCUAUUUUUUCAAGGACAUGGGAAACAUGGCGCUCGAUAAAAAGAGCAACCUGGAGUACCUGGAACGAGAGGUCGGCCUGCACAAGUUUUUACCGCGGGCCGUGUUGAACGGAAUGAAACCAAAGGCACUGCGUAAGCUGAUACAGCAGCACUUCAAGAAGGUCGCGGCAUUGUCAGAGCUCGAAUGCAUGUUCAAGUUCUUCGAUUUGUUAAGGGCGCACUAUAGAUUCGACCAGGAGAGGUUCAUUUGCGCUUUGGGGUCGAGCUGGUCUAUUCCUGUAGAACUAGUCAUUGGACCGGACUUAGGCAUAUCUUACAUGGCUCACAGAGGAGGAACAGUGCCAACGAGGAUGGCCGAAUUCUCUCAGAUACAGUCUAUCCAAACGCUCGUGUCGGACUGCAAAGAGCACGCGAAAGCGUGCAUUAAAUUAAGGGUAGCCGGAGCCGAGGAAACGCUUAGUAUAACUUGUUCGAGUCUAGACCAGGCGGAGAGCCUCGCAGAUUUAAUCGACGGAUACUGUAGGCUAGUCACCGGAAGCAACACCUCGUUGUGGAACAGGAAAGCUGCAUCGUGGAAAAACUAUCCCUGUCCAUGCAAAGAUGCUCAUCCACCCAAGUACAGGCAAGAUCGUUCCAAUAGCCCAGAGAAAAAUGUCAGCAAGACGGGCACUAUUUUGUCGGAAGAUUACGCGGAAAUCGUGGACGAGGAAGGGGAUUAUUCCACGCCAACGACUAGGAACUAUGAGAUCGUUAGAAAUCAAGUGGAAUUGGGCGAGAUCAUCGGAGAGGGUCAGUUCGGCAAUGUACAUAAAGGCUCGUACAAAGGUAGAGACAACCAGCUGACUCCCGUGGCAGUGAAAACUUGUAAAGUCGACGCGGAUUCCGCGACCGCAGAGAAAUUCCUAGAGGAAGCUUUCAUAAUGCAACAGUUCGAGCAUCCUCACAUCAUAAGACUGAUCGGCGUGUGUUCGGAAGCGCCGAUUUGGCUGGUGAUGGAGUUGGCCAGGCUAGGAGAGAUGCGCGCUUACUUGCAGUCGAACAAACAUCGGUUGGACCUCGCGACCCUUCUCCUUUACACGUUUCAAUUAAGCACUGCCUUAUCUUAUCUCGAGAGCAAGAAGUUCGUGCACAGGGAUAUCGCCGCGAGGAACGUGUUAGUUUCUACGCACAAUUGCGUGAAACUGGCGGAUUUCGGCCUCAGCAGAUGGGUGGAAGAUCAAAGUUACUAUACCGCUAGUAGAUGUAAGUUACCCAUCAAAUGGAUGGCACCCGAGAGCAUCAAUUUUCGACGAUUUACGACAUCUUCCGAUGUCUGGAUGUUUGGUGUGUGCAUGUGGGAGAUUUUAAUGUUAGGAGUGAAACCGUUCCAAGGUGUAAAAAACAACGAGGUGAUACGCAAGUUAGAGAACGGAGAAAGACUCGCGUUACCGAAUCACUGCCCGCCGCGAUUAUACUCCUUGAUGUCUCAAUGCUGGAACUACGAGCCUAGCAAGCGACCGACGUUCAAGGAAAUCAGAGAAACGUUGCACGAGAUUCUGUUGGAGGAGAAACAUCAGCAGCAAGAAACGAUGAGAAGGGAGAACAGGAGAGUGCAGGCGAUGUCGUGGGGCGCAGACGAUGUACCGCCGCCGAAACCUUCGAGGCAACCGCAAAACACGACGGAUCAAUCCCAGCUAACUACCGCUGCGCCGGUCUCGACGUACAUCGUGGCGCAGAGCCCCGAGGUUCUCGCGCAGCUUAUGAAGGAUAAUCAAGCCAGGGGGGUAUGUCCCUCCGUCUACACAACACCCGCGUCGCCUUUCAAUACCCUAGCAGUACAAUUCCAAGACGAAGACCAAGUCUUAACCACAGCCCUGGUCUCGGAUCUACCUUUUUGCGAUCCGGCCAACUCGGAACCUUCCGGCUCCCACGAUACCCACUCCGGCGAUUCCACUUUAUCCGACACUAAUCUCGACUCCCUCGAUUCCUCGGACACUCCGCUCAUGUCCAGCUUGACCAUUUCGGAGACGGCGCAAACUCAAUCCUCUCCGGCCGCGAACAGAAAGCAGCAGAAGGUUAAAGAGAUGCAAAAUUUGUACGCGGUCAGCUCGAAAGUGGUCGGUUCCGUCACCGGCGAUCUGUACUCUCCCGUGCAAAAGUUCACAGCUUCCACUGCCGUUCCCAUUACAACGAUCGCGGCCACGUGCGGCGAGAUUUACGGGCCGGUCGCUAAUUUCACGCAGAGCUCCGCUAUCGUUGGCAAUCUUAGCCAAAGUCCCAGCGUAGGCGGUAAUUUCGGUGAGAACCCCGGUAACUUUGGGCCUAGUAGCUUGAACAGUAUCGUAGUAGGAACGAACAGCGGUCAAAGUCAACCGUCGAGUUUCAUUCAGUUGACCGCGAACACCGCGACUCAGGCGUUCAGCGUCUCUCAAUCGAUGAGCCAGAGCACUAGUUGCGUUCAGCAAAAUCCUGCCACGGCCGUAGUUUAUCCACGCGUGUCGAUCGUUAGUUCGGUAAACGCUGCCAUUCCUGUAUCUAACGCCGAGUGCCUAUACGGGCCGGUGUUGAAGUUCCGAGCGCAGACCAGCCAGAGUCAAUCGGCGACCGAUUUGAAACCCGUGAACGCGUCGGUCGUCUCUGCCGUACCGAAUCCUAGAGGCAAUUUAGCGCACGUCACGACUCCCGGGCAAAAUCUACAGGCGCAACCGAUGCACGCGCAGAAUUAUCAGCACCAACAAAUCUACUCGAACAUCAAUCACCUGGCAUCGCAGCCGAUGUACCUGCAGCAUGUGCAGAACGUCCAGAGGCCCGUGAUUUAUCAGCCGGUUUCUUACGUCGCGACGCAGCACACGAGUCAGCAGAGUCAAGCGACCGGCGCGAACCCGAUUUACACGGCCCAUGCGACUUCCGUCACGGUGGUGCAGGCUCAGAAGGUCCCGGUCUACGUUCAACAGAUGCAAGCCGAAAUGGCCAGUCACGUGCAAACUACGAACGUGAAUCAGCAGUUGCCUUACGAGAUGGCACAGAGUCAUCCUGUUCAUUUCGCCACGUCCGUGCUUCAAUCGGCCGGACAGCAACAAAUUCAUCCGAGCGCGUCUAACGUAGUCGUCGUCCCGGCUUCCGUCGCCGUGAUGCACCACGGUCAGACGCCGCAGAGUAACAUCGCGAAUUUGCAAACGACCGCGACGAAUCCGACGCCGCAGUACAUACCGCAACCGGUCCAGAUGGGAAUCGUAAGAUCCAGCGUGCCUCAAAUGGCGACCGGCGUCGCGAAAAUCACCACGUUCGUUACCCAAAAGCAAGACGAACCAUUGACAAGCUCGACAGACGGUACGCUCUCCGGGUCGCUGAUAUCUUCCGCUGUCAGUGACAGCACAAUGUCAUCGAGCAGCUCGAUGACAGAGGAGGCACAGCAAGACCAGAGGAAUGCACAGUCUCAGUUAUUCGACAGCAUUACGGAAAAUUUCAGCGGUGGCAUCGACGAUGAACAGAAAUUGCUGGAGCAACGACUAUUGGAGCAGCAACGGCAAUCGGAGGAGGACAGUCGUUGGUUGGCAAGAGAAGAGAAACGCUUAUCCAUCGCAACGAGCGGAGAUGAGAGCGCGAGUCCUCCGGUUCCACGUUCGGUCACGCAGUCACCGAGUCACGAACAGCAGCACAGCGCUAAUACUGGUUCCCUGGGUUCCGAUAAAGGCAGCGACAAAGUAAUCAUCGUAAAGAAAAUGGAACCUACGCCCACCGCGGAUCUGGAUAGAACGAAUGAUAAAGUUUACGAUUGUACAACGAGCGUAGUUCGCGCCGUGAUGUCCCUCUCCCAAGGAGUUCAGCAGAGCAAGGCCGAUCAAUAUUUGGACUUGGUGCGCAAAGUGGGCAUCGAAUUGAGAGCACUGCUCUCAUCUGUCGAUGUCCUGAUGGACAUCUUACCCAUUUCUGCUCAUCGAGAGGUAGAAAUGGCGCAUAAGGUCCUCAGCAAGGAUAUGGCAGAACUGGUAACAGCGAUGAAACAAGCUCAGAAGUACAGUGCUACUACGCUGGACGCCGAAUAUCGAAAGGGGAUGCUGUCUGCGGCUCACAUCUUAGCGAUGGACGCAAAGAAUCUUCUAGACGUGAUCGACUCGAUACGCAUUCGCUAUCCGUACGUAGAUAGUCAGAUUUGUCAGAAGCAAAACCAUAUUAACGUCCCGCAAGAAUCCUCGGCGGAGAAUCGCAUCCGCUCCAGUCAAUCCGGAGAACAAUUUCUGAGGAGAAGCCAGUCGAGCGAGCGUCAAGGCGCGACAUUCAGACAGAGCCAAAGCGGUGAUCUUCUACACAGAAUGGGUCAAUCCGUCGAUCGUUCGUUACAGGGCAGUCAAACGGACGUUAGCAGCGGUUCCAGUUUAGAGAGAAGGCAUCAUAUAGUCACGAACAGCCUCGAGCGUAACUCAACGACCAGGAGGCAAAUGGCUACGAACAGUUUAGAGAGAAAGCGACCGUCGUUAUCCUGUAAUAUCAGUCCCAUGAACAACUCUGUAAAUCUGCCACCGAUGAUACCAGUUACCUGUAAUUUAGUCCAAACGGUAGGACCGGUCGUUCAACCGGUCACGACAGGUAUCAAUCAACAGUCGGUAUUCGCGCCUAAUAAUAAAACGACGAACGAAAGUCCGACGACCGAUAGCUAACAACGAGACACGUUGCGAUAAGAUAAGCUGUUAUUUAGCUCGCGAAUGAAAAUCUGUUGAAGCAAGGCCCUCGAUUCCUGGACGUAGCGAUUGUCCGGAAAUAAAUCGUAUUGCUCGAUCAAGGGAGAACUUGGAAGUGAUCGUAUGUACAUAAACUACGUCGUACAGUUACCCAUUCACGUCUUACGCAUGACUCAGCAACAGGAGAUUUAGUAUUCGUGCUUUAUAGCUCUUUUUGACAUUUAAUAGACAUUGUCUACACGUACUUAUAGAUAGGACAGUAUUCGUUAGACGUAGCGAUAGGAUUAUCUCCGAGAAGCGUAAAUCACAGCUAUAAAGAAAUCACUCCAAAGCUUUAGGAUUAUUGUUAAUUUGUUAUUGUACGACAACAUGGACAGAGUGAUGCAGAAAAUUUUCUUGAAUAAUAAUUUUGUUCGUAUGAUAUAUACACGUGGCAAUAUACUUGAAUUUUUUCUUUAUAAAAGAUUUGAAUCGUCAAGAAAUAUCUUUUUGCGUCACCUUGUAAGUAGGUAGUCGAAUAAUUAUACGUAUAGAUAUAUAUAUAGAUAUAUAGAUAUAUUUAUAAAUAUAUUAUAUAUAUAUUUAAACGAUCAGUUCGGAACAUUGCGCGCAGAAAGUUUCAUUUCGCGUAGGACACAAACUUACGAAGUUAUCUUUACAAUUUUAUAAUUUAAUAGUCUGUUUCCUGCUACGAGGAGUGAUCAUAAUCGUAAAAAAAAAACUGGGACUGAAUGUUAUUUCUAUUAGGUAAUUAUUUAGCGAUUCGUACCGAUUAACGUGAAAUUUAUAUAAACUGUUUUAUAAAAAAACAAAUCAUUCUUCGCAACGGCAAGUCAGUUCCUACAAAAUAUUUAUGAAAAGAAAAAACAGAAUUUCAUCUCUUCGCGUAAGGAUAGUAUCGAUAACUUGUCAAUGCAAUGCGCUUGUAAAAACAGUGCAUUUACGGAUCUAUUGAUAUUCCAUAGAUAUAAAGUAUUCCAUUCUUUUUUUUUUACACGUUUGUUACUCCCUUUCUUGUUCCUGGGAGGAUUUAGUUUAAAUGAAAAUCGACUGAUAUUUACAUUGUUCAUUUUAUACGAAGCGUAGUUUGCAGUAGUGAUAACGUGCCAACGUGUGCUUAUACAAUUUUGCCGUCGUGUAACAGAUUGAAAAUGUACAGUAACAUUCUAAUGCAUCGUCCCAGGGACACAUAACGACGUUUGAUAUUGCUAUUGCAUCUGCAUAAAUAAUUUUAUUUGAAUAACCAUGUGUAAAUAAAAUAAUCAAAAUUCAUACAUAUGAUUCGACGACAUCGAUUGAACAAACAUGGUAUCAUUUACAGUUAGACCGAACGUUAUUCUGUUUCACUUGUUUAUCGAAAUUCCAUCGAUACCUUUAAACAAAAACAUUCAAUCUUCUUCUUGAUCUACGUUCAUGCCAUCUCCGGUAUUGCAGCAUUAUAUACGCAUCAUUUUCGUCCCCUCUUUUCCAAGUGUAUAAUGUAAUUAUCGUCAAGUAUGCCAUGACGAAUAUCGUAACGUGUGAUGUAAUAAAAUUAUUAAAUAUUUAGGAAGGAAUCCUGUCCUUCGCGCGGAAUGUACGAGUUUUAGAGAACUGCAUAUCUUCGUGGCACGAUUAAUUAAUGUGCUUGACUGGUGAAUCACCAUCCCGAUUUCUAUAUAAAUUGACUCGAGGAUAAUAGAAGCUUAAUUUAUUUUUGUUCGGACGAUAAAAUUUUACAAGUUUCCGCUGCUUGCAACAAAAUAACGAGUAUAUAAAGUAUUCAUAAUUGAUAGUGUGCACAAUCGUUCGUGGGAAUGCAGCUUGUUAAAAAGAGAAGGAGGAAAUAGGCACUAAAAUGAAAUCAGUCUGUCGUUCAUUCAGUCAUUCAUCUUGUUAUUGUUAUAGGCAGUAAAUGAUGCAGAGAGAGAGAGAGAGAGAGUGUGUGUGUAAACGUAUAAAAAAGUAUUUAUAAAACUGUGUAAAGGUAACUAUGUAUUAUGACACGGAGCAAAGUAAUAAACAGCAAGAAUGAUUUCGGCAUCA